AUGGCGAAGAAGCUCCCCAAAACGACUUCAGACUCAUCGCUCUCACCUCUUCCUAGCAACUUUGCGUCCGUAACCGAGCAAGUCUCUUUCGAGACGAGAGUGAGCGGCAAGAAGCGGAAGGCGGAAACUACCAUUGAUGCCACCAAGCGAAUCAAGAAGGCUCCAGCUCCAAGUGACAAACCAGAAGACGCCGUUGCAGGUGCUGAAGCGACACCUCGACCCAAGAGACGCGCGACAAAGGAAGCCAUUGUCAAGGAAGAAACGAUCGAUGAUAGAGACAAUGGCAAGACCCUUAUACGCAACAAUAAGAGCGAGGACGAGAGUGGAGAUGAUGGGGCCAAGGUCAAGAAGACAACCACUCGCAAGACCAGAAAUGUGAAGAACAUGGCACCGAUCGCGGAACGUACCAAGGACACUAAGCUACGCGUCGGCGCUCACGUUAGUAGUGCAGGAGGUGUGCAGAAUGCCAUUGUCAAUCUCAUAUCCAUUGGCGGCAACGCAUUCGCCAUGUUCUUGAAGAACCACAAGAAAUGGGAAAGCAAAGAUUUGGACCCUGAGCAUGCAAACCUCUUCAUCGACAGGUGCAAGGAGAAUAGCAUCUGCGCUGCCGACUGCUGUCUACCCCAUGGCUCUUAUCUCGUCAACCUUGCCCAUCCAGACCCCGAACGCAAGAAGCAGGCCUAUGGUUCCUUUCUCAAUGAUCUAACACGCUGCCACAAGCUCGGCAUACGGCUAUACAACUUCCACCCUGGCAACGCUAAUGCGACCACUCGCGAGGAAGGUAUCAAGCUUAUCGCCGAGAAUAUCAACCAGGCCCACAAGGACCCCGCAACCGGCGGUGUCAUUACUGUGCUCGAAACCAUGGCGUCCCUCGGGAACACCAUAGGCGGCACCUUCAAAGACCUCGCUGCCAUCAUUGAGCUCGUCAAAGACCAGAGCCGUGUAGGUGUCUGCCUAGACACUUGCCACGUUUUCGCUGCCGGUUACGACCUCCGCACGCGUGAAACAUACGCUCAGACCAUGGAGAAGUUCGACAAGGAGAUUGGGUUUGAAUAUCUCAAAGCUUUCCACAUCAAUGACAGCAAGGCCCCGCUCUCGAGCCAUCGUGAUCUCCAUGCCCGCAUCGGCACGGGCUAUCUCGGCCUUCGUGCCUUCCACAACAUUGUCAACGACGAGCGCUUUCACGGCCUUCCAAUGGUACUUGAAACUCCAGUCGAUGUUAUUGGUGAAGAUGGAAAGAAGACCGAGGACAAGGGUAUCUGGGCUCGGGAGAUCAAGAUGCUUGAAAGGCUCGUUGGUAUGGACGUUGAGUCCAACGAGUUUAAGGAGCUGGAAGCCAAACUUCAAGAAGAGGGCACGGCUGAGCGCGACCGCAUCGGCGGUCAGGUGGAGCGCAAGAAAAUCAAAGAUGCAAAUCCGAAGAGGACGAGGGCCAAGAAGCAGAUCGAGAGUGAGGAUGUGGAUGACAUGGAAGACUAA